AUGUUCGUGCGCGGUCGGCCGAGGUCGGGCAGGGACGAGCGAGCUAGGCAGCGCCGCAGCGCGGGUAGUUUUCGUGCCUGGUUCGUCGUGCUGUCGUUCGUCGUUCCGGAUCGUGUGUUCGUCGUUUCCGUGUUACGGCGGUGGGCGAAUUCGCGCGAAAAGCACGCGCCUCGGAGGACGUGCUGUGCUUUCAUUCAUCAGCCGCGCCGCGGCUUUCUCACGACGGAGAACGGAGAGAUGAAAAAUCGUCCCGGCGAAUACGCGAUGUAUCCCUCCUUCUCGCGCUCGCUGUUCCCUUCUCUGUUGGCGCUGCACGGCAGCCUCUCAAGAGGCUACGAACGAAUGUUUCUUUGCAAACAAGUGGAUGAAAUUCAAUUCGCAUAUGAAUUGGCUGUCUCGAUUAUGAUGGUACAUUCGCGAGUGUCGUUCUCCGUUUGUGUCGCGACUGUUUCGCGGUCUAACUUUCUUUCUCUCUCCCCAGUGGCCAUUUAA